UUACGUUGAUGAAUAAUUACGUGUGGAUAUAAAUUAUUGUGUUAUUAUUAUCAUCAUAGAUUAUUUUAAAAAUAAUUGUGAAUGUUAAAAGCCGAAGGUGAAGAUAAUAUAUGGAAAAAAAUUAACCUUUAACCGAUUGUCCAUUGUCGUUCUUAUUCACAAAGAAAAUAUUUAGAUAAAUUGACGAUCCAGGUAAACUGUUGCAAAAAAAAAAAACAAAUUCCGAUUCUGAUUCGACUUGUUAGAUGACGCGCAGUUGUCGCGGGAUGAUUACCGAUGAUGAAAAAUGAACGUAAUUUUCACGCGGAAGUAAAAUCGACUCUGUGUGAUAGGUUGAUUCGUGAAGAAGAAAGAAAAGAGAAUGUACGUCCGACUACGGGAGACUUCGAUGCCACCGUCUGGAAAAUCUCGGCGCGAGUGAUGCUGCAAUCACCUAAGUACGAGAUUCGCCGUUCGCCGUAUUCGAUAGAUAACAUAUAAUCGUUACGAUAAUAAUCGUUACGAUAUUUCCGCCGAGUCACUACUCGACUAAAAAAAAAAAAAAAAGCGGGGAAACGACAAAAUCUUAAUCGAUAAUUCAAGGAUGAGAAUAAUUCUGUGGAAUCGUAUUCAAAAAAACUUCUGAAGCACAUCUCUUCUUCUGAUCCUCUGAAUAAUAGAAUUUUAUUCUCUUCAGCAUUUACAAAGUCAAGAAGAGGAUUUGAUUUACAAACAUUGUUUCUAUCGUGGACUUUUGAUGGAAUUCGAUGGAAGUGCAGCGAUAAAAUUAAAAUUUAAAGAGCAAGAGAACAAACAAUGAAAGAAUAAAAUUUGAAUUUAAAGAGCAAGAAAAGAAGGAGUUUGAGUUUAAGGGAAAAUCUUUUUCUGUGUGUAUUGUGAUAAAUUUUUUGUGAAACAUCUUUGUGAUAAUUUUCUGGUAUAGCCGCGAGAUCAUCGAGAAUGAUAUCGAUUUUAUCGGGCAAUUGCUCUCGGCGGCAUUUCAAAAAGGGCAAGUAGACGAGACGUCACGACUGAUAGUCAUCGGCCACGCACGGCGACGAUAAUGAUGAACGAAUCGCAUCGCAUCGCUGAGUCUCCAUGAACCGGCGCGGAGUUAAGGUUGGGACUAACCAUGUCCACUAAGAGGCAUCGCGGGCAAAAGUUAAGCGUAGAUAAUAAAGUAGUACAUGAAGGCCGUAAUAGAUAGAAUGAACGCAUUUCGGCAAAACGAAGCGCGUUGCUUCAGUGAAAACUCUCCCAGGCCGCCAGUGCCAGGAGAAUAUAUAUUAAGAUAUACUAAAAUGUAUUACAGCGAGAGUUUUGCGUAUUCCAGGAGAGGAAACUGGAAGCUAUGUUAGUCGGAUCCGCAAGCCUCCGGUGGUUGCGAUGUUUCGGCACCGUUGGGAUUCGAACCGGAGGGUUGUUGCGGAACCACUACCAUGGAGAGCAAUUCGCCCCCUGCUUACGCACGGUGGGCGAGAAGUCUGCACUCCCUGUUAGAGGAUCCGAUGGGUUUAGAGCUGUUUAAGAGAUACCUAAGUCAGGAGGGGCAUUUGGAUCCGCUCAAUUUCUGGUUCGCCUGCGAGGGUCUUAAAGAGCAGAAGGACAUGGAGAAAAUCUCGCAAUUGGUGAAGCUCAUCUAUCGAAGGUUUUUUCUCAAGUCGCAGCUAAGCAUACCAGAAGAUGUAAUGAAAGAGGCAGAUCGUCGGGUUAAGGAGGGUCGCGCCGAUCACAAAGUGUUCGACAUAGUGCAAUUAGAGGUCGAGCGAUUGAUCAACGAGACGACUUAUCCCAAUUUUCUUCAAUCUGACGUGUACCUGCAGUACAUUCAGUCCUAUCAGAUUCUUGAUUCCGGCGGUUGUCCAAGUUCGAGUUCAGGUAGCCGCGAGAUGUCUCUUUCCUGCGGACCGAGUCUGCUGCCCACCGUGCAUGAAGACAGCGAGUACAUCGGCACCGGUUGUGUACACAUGCACAAUUCGCACUCGACCGGCGAGACGCCCGGAGAACUGAGAUUGACCAAAGAUAUGCUAAUGGUUACCCAACAGAGUAGAGCGAUGGAUGUACGACCGAGGCCAGAAGCGUUUGCCGGCCUUUACUUGCAACAUGGGGCUAGUCCGUAUCACAUGCACGUACCAUCCAGAAUGCACGCACUAUAUUCCUCCUACAACCCAGUAUCCAGACAGGAUUCCGAGCUUCAGAGUUUGAGCAGUGAUGCACGUACCGAGGUGGACAAUGUGUCCCUCAAUGACGGAUCCAUCGAUAGUACGGGCAGCAGACAGAGAAGCAAGAAGCAAUACAGCAAGCAAUCUAGUAGGGCAAUUAAAGAAUCCGCGAAUAUAAAUCGCGAAUCCAUGGCGCAUCAUGUUGUCCCACGAACCCAACGUAUAACAUCUCCGAAACAGAUGUCGCCGGCGCAAUUCGCGGAAGAGCUCAGACAAAAAUUGGAGAUCGUGCAACGAGAGCAGAAGGCCCACGAGAAACUGGAGAAAUAUCUGUAUCAAGAAAAUGACUUAUCGAUCGCUAGCGAUGCGUUGGUAGAACCUUGUGGAGCUUCCAAAACUCUAGGUGAUGCGCUGAAGGAAAAGUUGUCUAUGGAGGAGGACAGUGAUCAGGCUAUUCUCGACGAGCACGUAUCUCGCGUUUGGUCAGAUCAAACACCUUCAAGAUCUCCCAGACUUUCACCCGAGAGAAGGCGUCCUACCCACAAUUAUCCACGGCCUUACAAGCAGAGGAAAGAGAAAGAUAUGGACUCCACGUUCUCGGUGGACAGCGGUAAUAUCCACGACUUCCAAGAGGGCAGCGAUCUUGUUGGAGCCGGCUCUAUGAGUUCACUGGGUUCACACCUUCCCAAAUCUAAAUCUGUGCCAUCAGAUUACGGUGAUUUCCUUCACAAGCAGGAUCUGCAUGGUCAAGGUCACGAUCAGAGAUUCCGAAGGUCGGACAUGACCAGACGAUCAGCUACGAAAAAAUCGAUGACGGAGCUAACAGAUAGCGGAGUAAGCGUAGUCAGCGAUGUGCAGCCUUCCAUAAACAAGGAAGUUCGUCUGAUGCCUCGGUUUAAAGAAAUGGACAAGAAGAUUGAUUUAAAGCAUAGUAGUCGCCAUGGCAAGAGAUACGGCUCGCGUAGUGGAUCUUUGGAAAGGCCAAACAGAGAACCAUGGAGUAUGGGAGUUCCUGCUCAACCGUUCGUUGCUGAUCCGGGAAUGCCACCUCCGCCUCUACCUCAUACGGAAAUACAGUUAGAGGAGACUCGUAGAAGAUUGCAAGUAGAAGAAAACAGGAUGCGCGCUAAUUGCAAGCGACACCCCAACGUUUCGAAACAGCCGUACGAGUUCGCGUCGCAGUAUCAACCGUACGUCCAAUCCAACCAGUCUACUUUGAGGAAACCGAAGCAGGACGACUUCACCACUGUUGUGUUCAGUUUCUGUGACGAGCAAUUCCCUUACAGGACCAGAAUUCCUGGUCACUACGUCACGUUGAAGCAGUUCAAGGAGUACCUUCCGAAGAAAGGGAGCUAUCGAUACUUUUUCAAAACGGAAUGCGAAGACUUAGAUACGAAAGUUAUACAAGAGGAGAUAACGGAUGAUGCCGAGGUCCUGCCACUGUGGGAAGGCAAAGUGAUGGCGCAAGUUAAGGCGCUUGAGUAAUAGACUGAAUAAAAGAAAACGAAGCGCGUAUUCUGACCAAGUGCCGCAAUAAAUAUUAUUUAAGUAAUCCGCCACUAAGUCGGCGCUCGGUAUUUAUACAUAUAUACAUAUUAACGCUUGUCACGCGGCCUCUUUCUCAUAAUUGCCUAAGAAAAGUAGUUUUUAUCGAAAAAGAUAAAAUAUCGAAUCGAGCAAUAUUGUUUCGCGCGUGAACAUUGCGGAAAAGCAUGAAAAAAAAACGGCCUCACAUCAAGUUCUGUCGAUCGAAUGUCCUCGAAGAAAUUUUUUGUAGGUUUGUUCACAUCAUAAGUGCAAUAACUUUCAUUGAAUUUCUUUCCGCUCAAAUAUUUUUCAGUAAGAUUUAGUUAGAAGUGUUACUUUAUUAUCGAUCAUGCUAAAGUCUUGAAUGUGACUCACUUCAAUGAUAUUCAUUCUUGAAGAAUAUUUUAUCAUAUUGGACGUCUUUAUCUGAAGAUAGAGGUAUCAAAAAAGAGCCAAAACGUAAUAUAUUAUGUUCAUCGUUAAACAAAAUUUUUAUCUAAUUUAUUUUCGCGCUCCAAUAUUCGCGCUUGACUUAUUCGCUGUUUCUCUUUUAAUUGUCGGGUACAAUGUAUUUAUAUGUCAGCACAAGAGCAUUAGCUCUUGCACUGUAUUUACGUUCCUUAAUAAUACUGAGAGCACUCACUGUUUAAAGCAGUAAAAAA